AUGAACAAGUCUUUCAUCGAUCGAAUCUUUCCCCAAACACCAGGCAGCCGGUUGCCUCAGUACGAAUAUGACUUACCCCCUUCAUCCACGAGAUCUUCAGCUUCACUUCCUCCUCGAAUCGCAUUGCAGGACUCGAUCGCAUCUUCUCCACGUUCUCGGCAGGCACCUUCUAUUUCCCCCCGCCCCAGACACUCAAAUCUUGUCUCCUCCAUUGUACGCCACGACGAUCCUUUCCUUCCCGUUGAACGGGCCUCCAAAUCACUUGAAAGAACAUUGCAAGGGUUACUCGAUGCUCAGUCAGAAGGGCUCAGCGCGGGAGUCAGUGCAGAUGAAGUCGACAAUGUCUCGUCAGUCGGAAGUCCGACACCGACGCCUUCAGUAGUAACACCUACGACUCGGAGAGACUCGGGCCUGAAAACAAUCCCAAUCAGACAACCAAAGGCCAAGAAAAUUAGUCUACGCCGGGCUCGAAUGGGCCUGGGGAAAGCCAUGAAAGAAUUCGCAGAUCUCAAGACACACGAAUUGAAGCUCAUCGAACGCGAAGUGGUGGUUCGGGAUGAGGCACUGAAGCAAGUGUCCGACUUAAGCAACCAAAGGACCGUUCUAGACGAUAAGAUCUACCAAAUCCAGCACCAAGAUACGUCAGUAGGACUACAAUCCGAAGUACAGAAAGUCGAGCAGGAGAUACGCGAAGUAGAAAACACACUUUUCGAACUGAAAGCCCGACACCGACAACUGAAGGCGCGGUUACGCGAGGAAGACAGCACGAAAGGAUCAAGACUGAGCUCCUACAGCGAAUCACUCAGGCUGAACGACACCCAGACGCGAACUUUCCUCCGCCAUCCGCCCGUCCCACAAGGCCUACGUCCGGACUUCAGCAGCGGCAUGUACGCGCUGAAACCAGAACGACGAACCCUGCAAAUGGCACAAGAGCAAUGGACCACCGAGAAGGACGUGCUGAAUCUUCGCAAAUCUGACGUGGAGAGCGAGAAACUCGCCCUGGAAGAAGGCUCGUCUCUGUGGCGCGACGUGGUAGGUCGCAUCACCGCGUUCGAGCAGGAACUGCGCGCGCAGACCCGUGACCUGAGCCAGUCGCAGCUGCAGUCGUACGCGGGCGACCCAGCGCUCGCGAAGCUGGGGCUGGACGCCAGCAUGCAGGUCAUCCUGUCGAAACUGUCGGCGCUGAUGGAGGAUUUGGAGCGGGAUCUGAACGUCGCGGAGCAGCGAGGCUGGAAUCUCCUGGUCUGUGCGAUUGGUGCUGAAAGAGCCGCGCUCGAGCUCGCGAGGGGGUUGUUGGUCGAGACAUCAGAUGUGGCGAAUGGUGGUGGUGGUGGUGGCCAUGAUUUCGAUGAUGCUCCUGGCAAUCCGGAUCUGGGACAUGAACUAAACGGCCACAGUGGUUUUGGUGGAGAAGAUAGUUUCACGACCCACGAGAGUCACGAUACGCCGCACGAAGAUCUCCUGCAUGAACAGCCACCGCCGUCCAGCUCCAUGCAGUCAAUGCCCAUGUCGAUAGGGAUGUCGACGGUCCCGCGCAGCAAAAGCCCCGGCGAGACUAGUAACCAGAGCCUCGAGGAUACGCUGCGUGAGUUUGGGGCGGGGACUGGGACGGAGGUGAGAGCGGAGGGUAAGGGGAAAGAAAGGGAGAGGGAGAAGGCUAUCACUUCCGCCCCCGUCGUGCGCGAGCCGAUGUCUGAGAGCGAGGACGACGAUCCCGGUCCGGAUUUCUUCUUGUCGCAUUGA